AUAGAAUUUCAGUUAUGCAUGAAAAUAGAUUUCUCCAUCGUGAUAUUAAACCUGAUAACUUCGUUGUUGAUUUAGGACCCAAUGCAAAGAUUUUAUACCUAAUUGAUUUUGGGUUAUCCAAACAUUAUAUAGUAUUAUGCAUGUUAUUCACAAUUAGAAUAGUAAAGGAGAACACAUAGCAUAUGUUAAGAAGGCAGGACUUAUAGGAACUGCUAGGUAUGCAUCUUUGAGUGCCCAUGAAGAAAUGGAAUAAGGAAGGAAAGAUGAUCUGGAAAGUAUAGGCUACGUGUUGAUUUAUCUUGCCACAGGAAAUCUGCCUUGGAUGAACUUGUAAAUAGAAUCCAAAGGUGCUAAAUAUGCCAAAAUAUAAUAGAUCAAAAAAGAAAUUAGGACUGAAGAUCUUUGUUAGAAUCUGCCUAAAGUAAAAUUCGAUCUAACAAUAGUGUUUCUAUUUCUUUAUGAAAGAUGUGAAAUCUUUAGAGUUUCAGGAAUCCCCCAAUUAUAAUAAAUUAAAAUCCUAUUUUGAGAGAGAGAUUGAAAACCAGAACCAAUUAAAUACAAAUGGUUCCUCAUUUACAUACGAUUGGGAAAGACUACCAGAAUACAGCAAACAAAAGAAGCAUAUGACUAUUCAUGUUAUGCAAGUAAAUUCUUAUUAAUUUAGAAUCAAGAAAAAAGGUAAUAAGUAGAAAUUGCAUUCAACCCACAUAAAUAGAACCAAGUCUCUAAAUAAAAUUAGUUUAUUAAUUAAUAAACAAAGGAUUCCCAAUAAAAGUCAACAUAAAAUUAAUAACUUACCUUUGAAUAGAUAAUGAAUGAAAAGAGAAAGGGAACCAAAAAGACAGUUUAUAGUCCUACAGGUAAAAGCAAGAAACAGCCACUCAUGAUAAAUAUUGUAGAAAAUAAUGAAUCCAAUAAACAAAAUUUACUAUCUCCAAUUAAACCUGAUGAUAGUCGAAUUUUAAGAAUGCAGAAUCAUUCUUCCACGUUGCUUCAAAAUCCUCAACUCAACUCAUCAUACUAAUUAGACUCAUUUAUUUUACCUUCUGUAGCAACUUCAAGAAUAAAUAAUUAUUUUGAGAGUGAAGGAGUGGUUAGUGAAGGUGGAGGACUACCUAUAUGGGAUUUAUGUGAUGGAUCAAAGCCUGAAUUCUAGAAAGUUACAGGAAUUUUGGAAGGAAUCAAGAAACCUAGUAUAAUCAUAUUGAGAAAAGAAAGGAAAGCACAUACUUGUAUAAUAUAUUAAUUAAUGUAUUUAGAAAUAGAUACUGUGAAACUGAUGUAGGAAUUGUUUGUUCCACCAAUCAAAUUGAUUGGAGACUAAGAAUCAAAUGUUGAAGGUUUAGAAUGA